GCCAGCCAAUCAAGGGGCAGGGAAAAAGCCUCGCACGGCGCCCAAUGGGGACACGGCUCUCGCGCCCUCCAGUCACGGUGCCGUCUCUUCUCCCUUCCCGCUUCCCUAUUGGCAGGCGAGUGGCCAAUGAGCGCGGCGGGAGGCAGCGGGAAGUUUCGACUUGAGACGGAUCGAACGGGCUGCGGCGCGGGCUGACUGAGGGGGACUCGGCUGGCUGGGAACGAGACCCCCCCCCCUCGUCCCGCGCGAGUUACAUCUGCUUUGAGUCAAUAUGGGACCCAAGAAGCAAGCUGUUGGGAAGAAGCUCUCCCAGAAGGAAAAAUCAGGCAGCGAUGGAAAUAUCCAGAAAUAUUUAACGCCCAAUGAGAAGAAUAAGGAAAACUCUCCCUUGAAAAACCCACCUCCCAAAAGGAAGAGAUCUGUGAACAGUACACCUCCUCUGGGUGACACCAGUAAGAGACAGACAAGAGAGAGCCUCUUAAUCAGUAAGAAAUCCACUGAAGAGGAGCAAGAAUUCACUGUCAACUUGGGCGAUGGUGGCAAGGAUCAUGUGGUGAUAGGCAAAACCCAUGACAGCAUCUACAAAGCCCUGAUGGCGCAAGCAGACAUCCAUGCUCGGUUGGACAAAGAGAAGGGCAAAGAGAUACACCUACUGGGGAAAAAAGGGAUUGAGGGGUAUGUUAACUUAGGGAUGCCUCUCCAGUACGUUCCUGAGAAUUCCCACUUUGAAAUGAAAUUUUACAAAGUGAAUAGGAAUCCAAAAGGAGUGGUGGGAUACCGUCAGUUUGAGAGCAAGGGAAAGAAAUGCGUAAUAUUUUACGUCUCUUCUUUUGGCAAUAGAUUGGAGAACAAUGCUCGAUACAGAAUUCUUUGGUGCCGGCAGCUUGUUAAAGACCUGAGCAAGUUGUGUGUCUUUGCUCCAGAAGGGGAGACCAUCAAGGAUGCCUUAUGCAAAGAUGGCCGGUUUCAUUCUUGCCUGGAGGAAAAAGAGUGGAAGUUGGUGGAGAACGGAAAGUGCAGAACUAGCAAUCACUGUGUUGAUAAUCUAGCUAACAAGUCAUUUGAGGUGGUGGUUAAAACCAAGCAACCUUUCAAGGCCAGGGAUUGUUCAAGGAAUGACCAAUCCUGCAUGGCCUCCGAGGAGGGGCAGGGGAAGACUUACCAUUACUUUAAACCUAUUCUCCUGGACCUGUAUCCUGACUUGAAGAAACAAAGUACAGUCAUUGACGAGCUCUUUGCAAAAGCCUUUGCAAAAGCCUUGGAGGAAGGGAAAUCGAAGCGUGCUGUGUUCAAACUGUACAGGGAGAACUUUGGGAAGGAGACUAAGAACUCCAUUCUUAUUAAGGUGCACAAACGCCUUGGUGUUCUCAGUGACUCUGUGGGGUUUAUAGAGUGGGCCAACAAUGGAAAUAAUGGCUCUGCCACUUGUUUUGUCUUGCAUGAUAAGUACGUACUCACCUGUCAUCAUGUGGUAGGGCAUAUUGUUGGUGAAGGAGUGGAGGAGAAGGACUGGGCGUCGAUAAUCAGUCACUCUGCCCGUGUGACUUUCUCUUAUGAAGAUAAAUACCCAAAGGAAAACAGCUGGUUUUCGCUAGCUCCUUGGUUUGAAAUAUCUGACAAGGAUCUUGAUUUUGCUGUCCUGAAACUGGAAGGGGAUAGAAGCUCAUUACCAGCAGGCCUAGUGCGAUUUUCUCACCCAUUGCCAUUUAAUGGUCUAAUCUAUAUAAUUGGCCACCCGGAUGGACAAGCGAAAUCUGCAGAUGGCUGUACUGUGGUCCCUGUAUUUGAGCGGAAACGGGAGUGCCAUUGUCGUGUCCAGCGUGGUCAGAAGGUGUGCAACAGUGUCAGAUGCGGCUCAGAGGACAGGCAGUGCAUUCACAUGUUCACCCAAAGAAGUUUCCAGGAGGUGAUCAACAAUCCCAAUGUAGUCACCUAUGACACCAGCUUCUUCUUCGGGUCUUCUGGCUCACCGGUGUUCAAUGCAGAUGGCCAGCUGGUGGCCAUGCACACCGCUGGUUAUAAAUAUGAAAAGAAUAAGCAGCUGCACAGCAUUGUUGAGUUUGGCUUUUCCAUGGUGGCCAUCCUUGCAGCAAUUAAAAAGAAGUAUAAAGCCUGGUAUGAGUUUGAGCUCCUCUCCCUUGGGGAAGAUGCUAGGUCUUGUCCUGGUGAGCAUGAGAAUUUCACCAGUGCUUACACCAAUGACAUAGAAAUGGAAAACUUGGAAUAAAAUCUCCAACUUUUAGAGCCUCCCGAACGCACCCUUCAUGUUGAUCUCCAUGCUUUGAAGUCUCCAUUAUUCCUGACAUGAACUUUCUUAGUUGGUAAGAAAUCAUUAACCUGCAAUCUAGUUAUAACCCUCUCUGCUUUCAUUAUUCUUAUUGAAAUGCCUAGUGACAAACCUUGAAAUAACUUUUUAUUUUUAAUGAAAGGUGGUUAGUGUGAUGGGGUCAGUACCUUGAGUGUGGGAUUCUUUCAUAAGAAAUGCAUAAUCUUUGGACUUUGAAAGGCUGAGCUAGAGGAAGGAGUGGUUUUACAAAUAUCAACCAUUCUUAAAAUAUAAUGAUUAUAAAUAUAAAUAUAAAGACAAAUUAUAUAAAUAUGUAAUACAUACAAAUAUUCUAUACUAUUUUUUAAAAAUACAAAAGCUACUUUAAUGCCACCUUAAAUUAGCACUGUUUGAAAACGGUCAAAGGAUUCCACAGCAUUAACUUGUCCCUCUGCCCCUUGUGCAAGAUGUGUAUUUUGUUAUGCAUUGAACAGAUAAAAAUUACAUUAAAUAGUGGCCACAGAGGGCCUGCUUUUUUUGCCGUUAAUGGGAAUGGAGCUCUGAAGAAAAAAAUACUGCAUAUAUGCAGUAUGGCAGAGGUAACACUAUUGUAGAAGCCUUCGUUUUUUGCCUUGUCUGACUGAUUUUUAACUUCAUUAAUGUGGCCUUUUGUAUUUAAUUUCCCUUUUUCUCUUUAAAAAGGGGGGCUGGGUGGAAGUGAGAGAAACACUUCUACUGAAACCCUUGGGAGGAGUUGUAAGUUCUGCACAGUUGCCACUAUUAAUUGCACUCUGCUUGAAAUAUGCAAGUGAUCUGGUAUCCUUGAAAUGUGCAGAAAGCCAGAAGAUCUGGGUUCAAUUCCCAGCAAUGUCAUUUACUUCCAAAGUGGCCUUGGGUACGUCACUUAAUCUCUCUAUGGGUAUGUCUACAUUACAAAAUUAGGUCGAUUUUAUAGAAGCCAAUGUUUAGAAAUCAAUUUCAUACAGUUGAUUACAUAUGUCCCCACUAAGCCCAUGAAGUCGGCAGAGUGCUUCCUCACUACUGUGGCUAGCAUCAGCUUAUGGAGCAGUGCACUGUGGGUAGCUAUCCCACAGUUCCUGCA